CCCGCUUACAACGUACACCGGCACACAGAUGAGAAAAGAGCUCUGACAGUCAACCACUCAUCACGGGAAGAGGGCAGAAGUAACUGGACAGGCAGAGUUAAACCAUCCGGCGCGCCCACACACCCAGACUAGAUUCAGACAGGACAAGCGAAGCUUUUUUUGACGCACACGAACAGCAGCGCAGGGACCAGACUUGGACCUCACAGUUCACCUACAUUAAUCCGCAAACUACCUGCAGCCUAACAUGGAGCGCAAAAUCCCUGAUUUCGCCGGCACCUGGGAGAUGAAGAGCUCUGAAAACUUCGAGGAACUCUUGAAAGCGUUGAAUGUGAAUGUGAUGCUGCGUAAGAUUGCAGUGAAGGCAGCCUCCAAGCCACUGGUGGAGAUCACACAAGAUGGAGAGACUCUGUCUAUUAAAACCUCAACCACAGUCCGCACCACCCACAUCACCUUCACUGUGGGGCAGGAGUUCAAUGAGGCCACAGUGGAUGGACGUCCUUGCACGAGUUUUCCACGUUGGGAAACAGACAAUAAGAUCAGCUGUGAGCAGACUCUGCUGAAAGGAGAGGGGCCUAAGACAUCCUGGACCCGAGAGAUCACCAAUGACGGCAAGCUGAUCCUGACCAUGAGAGCUGAUGAUGUGGUUUGUACCAGAGUCUAUGAACGACAAUAAACAAGAGCACUUCUCACUUUUCGUUCUUCCAGCCUCCCCUUCUCCUGCAUCACCACUUGCCUCACUACUCCCCUUUGUCAAGGCAGCGCUGGGAGAUGGCAGUUUUUAGUUUUAUUCCUUUAUCUCUGUUAGCUUCACUACAUAAUAAGUGUGGUAAUUGUAUCUACUAUGUCACAUGUCUACACAAUAGUCUUAGCUUCUCAAUUAUCUGUCUUUUCAGCUCUAUUCAAUGUGAUCAGCUGGGUUUUAAACAUGAAAACCUAUGUUGUGUUGUAUGCUUGAUUUGCUUAGUGAAAGCUCAUGUAUUUGGCAUUGUGUGGGUCUGUGUGUGCGUAUGUGUGUGUGUGUGUGUGUGUGCGGCAGCAGAAGAGGUGUGAGACUAUAUUUGUAGAUGUGUAAACCAAUCUAUGAGCUCUUCCAGUUUCAGGUCAGUUUUGAUGCGUCCCCUCCUGUCCCUGUUCCUUUAACCCUGUCCCACAAUUUUAACCUUUUCUAUCUCAUGAUGACGUUUUAUAUUUAUUACUACACUAGAGUCUGAUACAGUACUGCUAAGGUUUUUACUUUGUGUCUCUUUUAUAUUAAAUGUGAUACUAGGAUACAACACUUUCUAUGGGAAAACAAUAAAGCAUGAUAUU